UGAAAUCCUGCAAAUGUUUCAGUGCGCAUGGGAAUUCUUAAUUUAAAACUAUUGUGUAAUUGCGUUUAAGAGGCGUGGACAAACCAGAUGACUUUUAAAAUUGGGUUUUUUUCACUUUCAACAUAACAACAAAAACAAACCCAGUAAAAGCGAGUGAGCAGCCUGAAUUACUUUGAAGGUAAACAAUAACUAUUAAUGCUGGGUUUUCCCAAAGGUUUGCCUAUCCCGAGAUGAGCUAUAAAUCGAGCUGAAAGUUGACCAAAGUCGACAUUCCUCGCACAGGUCAUCAUCAGACAAAAUCAUCGAAAUGUUUAAAAACUUCUUAAAGUUGAGUUCGUUAUCACAGAUUCUGGCGUUUAUUUUGGGUAUACUUCAAGUUGAAGGCAGACCGCAAGAUGUAACUACCAAUGGCGAAGUAACUACCAAUGUACCAAGCAUAUUCAGAGUCGGAGUCGGCGUAAAUUUAUUCAAUGCAGAAACAACCAGAUUAAAUGAUUAUGCAUUUAUCGAUGACGAGGACGACGAUGGUGAUGACGACGAAAUCAUCUGUCUUGAACGAAUUAUUGGAAUGUCAUAUUGUCCAGAAGUGCCAAAUUAUGCGGAAGCUACACAAUUGGACAAGAUCGACCCCCAACAAUUCGAGCAGUUCAAAUCAUAUUUCCAGGAGGAUUUAGUACAACCGAAAAACGCCGCUGGUCGUGUGGUGGAUGAGACGGGGAAUUGCGUUACUAAGUCACGCGUAAUUUAUCCCCAGGGUGGCCUCACCAAAGAGUCCAAGUGGGUACUGAUCGUGCAACAUGAGCAGCACAAGCAAGGUGUGCUAGUGAGCUGGUGUGAAAAGAUUGAGUUGCCUUGCAGAUAUAAUUUGUUGUACGGCUAUUCGAGAUGUAAACAACGUCUCGUCUAUAAGAAAUUUGUGGUAUUGGUGAAUGGUGUGAUGAAGGAGGCGAUGAUUAAAUUACCGAGCUCCUGCGAAUGCGCUCUGGAUGCCGAUAUGGCUAAAAAUUUAAUUUAGAUUUUAUAGUAAAUUUAUUUAAAUAUUGAUUUAAAUUUAAGUUUUAUUGUAAAUAUUAUUUGAAAAUUUAUUUAAAUAAAUUUUCCUUAAGCAUACAAAAAAUAAUGCAAGAAAUAUUUUAUUUUAGAUUUAAAAGCUGAUAUUGUCCUACCAAAAUGCGAAUAACGAACUAUAGUCUCGAAGUAUGCGAACAAUGGGUGCAUUACUAGCAUAUUUAGUCUUAAAGUUUACUCCAUAAAAAGGGUAAAUAUUUCAAAGGCUUCUUUGGGAGCAUUAAAGCUUAUCGGCUCAAGUAGAACUGGACAGUCGACGAUGCCAUUAACAACACUGAAAAUAAACGAAAGUGAAGGGACUGUCCUUCUCUUUUCAAGAGAUUCUAGAUUAAUUAGCUUUAGGCGAGAAUUAUAGGAUGGAACAGGCGACUCAAAUUGGAGGGAACGUAGAGCUUGCUUAAGAAAAAAAUUUUGAACGCGUUCUACUCUAUUAAUCAAGAGUUGGUCGUAAGGUCUCCAAAUGAUAACAGCGUACUCGAGGUGAGAACGAAUAGUCCGGGAGCCAGGGGUCAUUUUGACCUCAUCAUUUUAUGCUAAAGGCAGACGCCAUCCAAUGGAUGACGAAACCAACCGUCAGCUGUCGAAAAAAACUUUUUAACAACUCGUUUAA